AUGGCCGAACUCGCGUCCCAAAAGAAGAAUAUUAUGCCAGCGCCUGGAAUACCGGGCCCUCACACUUCAACUUCAACGUCCGCUCAUCAGCCUAGAGAGCUUUAUCAUAAUCCUUCGGAGAACAACAGUACCCUAUCAUUCCUGGAUUCUGCUCCGACAAUAGCAGACUCUGAAGUAGAUCUGUUGGGAGAGGAAAGUGUUAGAGGAGAUGUUGAAUUGGGCUUAACCACAGCAUCGACCUCGGGGCCUUCCCAUCAACAAAUCCCUGAAAUCAGACCAGAAACAUCUCGACCAGUUCCACCUUUUCGAGAACCACAUCUGCAGAUGCUUGAUUCACAUCUUGUCCUGAACAACGAUGAUUUGAAUGUCCAUGAGCCGAAUGCCCACGAGCUGAAUGUCCAUGAGCCGAAUGUCCAGCAGAAUGUCCAGCCGAAUGCCCACGAGCUGAAUGUCCAUGAGCCGAAUGCCCAUGAGCUGAAUGUCCAUGAGCUGAAUGUCCAGCCGAAUGCCGGGACAACUUCGAGAGAAUGGAAAUCCUGGAAGAUCAAAUACCUUUGGCUCUCCUUCCUGUUGAUGAUAACCAUAUCACUGAUUGGAACAAUUAUCACACUCAAUCUUAUCUCCAAGAAGAACGGCGGUUUCGCUCCCCUGACCAGCUCCCCCGGGUUCCUGGCUCGAGACCCUGAAAUAGAAAGAGCAAUCUGGGCUCAAGGAAUUCUCUACACAUCGUUUCCGGCUCUUAUCAUGACACUUUAUCGAACCAUGUGGGAAUCUACCGUGGCUGCAUUUGCAGACAGACAACCGUAUGUUGAUCUGAAGAAGGAUAGAGGGAGACCAGCAAAAGCGACAAUUAUGUUGGAUUACAAAACCGAGCCAGCACUUUGGGCAUACAUACUGGCGUUCAAAAAUAGGCACUACAUAUUAGGUCUGUGCAUGGUAUCUUCAGUACUUUUAGCGCUUUUGGUGGUUCCCCUCGUGGCAUUUCUGUUCACGACGGAUUCCUUCGCUUCGAAUACGGUAUUGCCGGUCUCGAUUGUCACAAGCUUCGAUCCUAAAUCUGUCGUAUCAUAUCCACCAGACCUGCGUCUAUCAUUGAACUCUGCCGCCGCAAUGAGACUUCAAGAUGGGCGGGGCCCGUCAUGGACAGAUGGCGAAUUCGCAUUUCCGAAAUUCCUUCCCUCGAUCAAGGUCGGAGACGGAAACGCAACGAUCGAAACCACAGCGUACUCGGCACAUAUCGACUGCGAAUAUAUGCCAGAAUCGGAUUACGAGAAAAUUGUUCUUCCGCCAGGUACACCUGGAUAUCCUCCAAGAGUCACUACCUUUCAAGUUGCCGCAAAUGAUCGCGGGUGUGCGAUUACGGGCACCAUCAGCGUUACUACCGUCCCUGAAUUCCCUGAUCUCCCAGACAUCCCUGGAAUGCCUGGCCUAAACCCACCCCAGAAUAUCUUAAAGGCAUGGCCGACGUUCACUUGCUCGGCUGAUAGUGGAUGGAGUCGACUCAGCAUCUUGACAACACGAUACGUUAACAGUUCAACUGGAAUCACGAAUUUCAGCUUGAUCUCCUGUAUACCUUCGUAUCGGAUGACUCCUGGAAACCUAGUCGCAACAACCAGUGCCUCAUCAGAACCAUCACCAAAGAGCUUCACGCCACACCGAUCGAACAUGACGGAGAUUAGACCAGAAGGGUUGUGGAUGUACUUUGAACUCAACAUGCCAGCCUUUAACUGCUUUGAUAUACUCCGCAAUAUAGACGCUGACGAGUUUAUGCGUAACGUCUAUACCCUUGCGGCGAAACAGCUCCCCAUAUCCCCACUACUUCCGGGAGCAAUCAUUGACGCGGCCUUGACACUGUGGUCCACGACAUUUGCUGUCCUUGCAAGCACUGAGCUGUUCAUACCUACCAGUGCGCCCCUGAAUGGAACCGGUAUUUACUCAGAAGAAGUAAGCCGCUUGAUCGUUGUUUCGCCUAUAGCAUACAUCAUCCUCAGCGUUCUAGCUCUCGUGGCUCUGCUGAAUAUUUCACUAUUCUUCUACGCUAACCAGGAGUCAAUGCUACUUGAAGAGCCGGUGGGCUUGGUGAGCGCAGCAGGUAUUCUGCAUCAGAGUGAAGUGAAUGAGAUAGUUGAUAAACUGUUCAGAAAGCCGAGAUUUAAUGGUAAGGUGACAGCUGCUAUGAAGCGAGAGGACGGGUUUGUGGAAGACCGUUACCGCUUUGGUGAUCAGCAGAAGAAGAUUUAUCAAAUUCGUGGUGAAGGGAGGCCUCCUAAGAGUCGGUGGAAGCGGUUGGGCGAAUGGGCGAGGGAAACAAUAAUCUCGAACCCUUUGGUGGAUAGAAUUAGGAGGCUCUAA